AUGAGACUUAAAGUUUUAGAUAAAAUUUCUUCUUGCAAAGUUGAUGAAGAUCUUUUUUCUCAAGGUUUUUCAAUAGAUCAGUUGAUGGAACUUGCGGGAUUAAGUGUUUCUAAUGUUAUUUAUGAUAUAAGCCCUCCAGAAAAGGGUCGAAAAAUCUUAGUUCUUGCGGGUCCAGGAAACAAUGGAGGAGAUGUAGGUCUUGUUGCAGCAAGACAUCUUUGGCAUUACGGUUAUACACCUUCUGUUUAUUAUCCAAAGAAGGGAAAAAGUGAUCUAUUAAAAAGGUUGUGUAUUCAACUCGAGGAGUUGUCGAUUCCUUUUGUCGAUGACUUUUUAUUGGCAAUUAAUGAUGCAGAUCAUAUUAUAGACGCCAUUUUUGGGUUUAAUUUUUCAGGAGAAGUAAGAGAUCCUUUUGUGGAAGUAAUUGAGACACUUAAAUAUACAAAAGUACCUGUAACAAGUAUAGAUAUACCUUCUGGUUGGGAUCUUGAGAAAGGUCCUUUAGAAAAAGGUGUAGCUUCUGGAUGGUGUCCUACAUUUCUUGUUUCAUUAACUGCACCAAAACCUUGUACUCGGUAUUUCAAAGGACGCCACUUUAUUGGUGGAAGAUUUGUUACACCUUCGAUAAUAAAAAAAUACAAUCUUAGUUUUAUAAAUUAUGAUGGUUAUAAACAAUAUCUUGAAAUCACUGGAAUUCCUAUUCAAGAUUAUUUAGAAUAA